AUGUUCGCAGUAGCACUGUCACAAUCAGGUACCAAACCAAGACCUGGUGGUGGUGGGUGGGUAUUCUGGUCCUCGCCGUCAAAAUACCCGUCGGGGCCAACGCCAGCGGGUCAGAUGUCCAAGGGUUUGCCAUCCACUCCUUUCGUCGUCUCCCUAUCCCUGCUCUCAGUCGGCGUCGUGGAGCCAUCCAUCUCCAAUCGUCCUUGUGCAGCAUCACGCAUCACCCGCAGUAGCCAUCCGUCUGGCGGCCGGGUCGAGUUCAAGAUGAAAGCCAUUAUCCAGCGUGUUCUGUCGGCAUCGGUGACGGUCGACAAGGAGGUCGUAUCGUCCAUUGGGAAAGGCGUCCUGGUCUUUGCCGCCGUGGCACCAGGCGAUACGGAAAAGGAAGUGGACACGAUCGCAUCCAAGGUCCUCAAGAUGAAGCUCUGGGAAGACGCCGAAGGCGGACGAUGGAAACAGAGCGUGACCGAUAUUGACGGGGAGGUUCUUUGUGUCUCUCAGUUCACUCUGUUGGCCCGAACGAAAAAGGGAACGAAGCCUGACUUUCACGGAGCGAUGAAUCCCGACGAGGCCAGCAGGCUCUACCGAUACUUUGUGCAAAAGAUUGGCGACAGCUACGCGGCAGACCGAGUCAAGGAUGGCAAGUUCCAGGCCAUGAUGGAAGUUGCCCUCGUCAACGACGGGCCUGUACGUUGGCUGCGACCCCCGACCUCAAACGCUUGGCUCUCGCUGACGGCCGUGCAAGGUCACCCUCGAGCUUCAGUCCGGAUCCACGACGUCGGAGCAGGCCUGAUGUCGGUCAAGAUGCGAUUGACCUCGGAUCCAGCAUACGAAAGCGACGACGCAGAGUUGGCAUCGUGGGAGGAGAUGUACGGAAAUACACAAGAGCGACAACCUUUUCGCGCAAAAGUAAACUUGCACGGUCCCCUGCUCCAAUCGCACGUUGCAACAGAGGCACCAGGCAUCCAUAUGGAUAUGGGCAUGAACCCAUAUGGAGCCUGGUGUGUCGUGCCUCUUGCUGGUUGCAACCAUGAUAAAAUAUGCAGGACUUCGUACGAUGCAGGACGAAGGUGCAGGGCUAAGGUGCAGGAGUCGAGCGCCACAGAUACCACAGGUGGGUGUUGUGGCGUAGGCAAAAGGUCGCCACAGCUGCCCUGGAGUUCGAAGGAGUACUGUACGACCGUCCUUCAUCUGGGGUCCAAAUUGCAUGAAUGUAGACUUCACGGGCACCAGGAGGAUUAG